AUGAAGGCACAGCAGGAGUUAGCUUCACGCACCACAAGCAGUGACGGCGACGACGAGCAGCCAGAAGUCGCGCUCGACGAGGCCGCGGCACGUGUGGCAGUGCGCCGCUCGCUGUCGCAGGCGCUGCCGCUGCCCUCAUACGAGUACGGCCCUGACAUGGUGAUAGAAACCAUCACGGCCGACGUGCUUGAGGACGAGGGCCUGCUAUCCGCGCCGCCAGAGGCCAUGCAGGAGCGGUGGGGCGAGGCGGUGGCGGACAUGUACUGCAGCGCGGACCGCGCCGACCUGUUGGACUUCUUCUCUGCACUGGCGCGCCGCCUGGGGGAGCUGGCGGACGAACUGGAGGCACAGCGGCGGGCAGCGGGCGACUUGGAGGCGGAGGGGCUGUGCGCCCUGGAGCUGCACCAGCGCUACAAGGCGCGGCGUGGCAUGAGCGCCCUGCAGCUGUCGGCCGGGGUGCUGGUGUGCCGGCCCUGCCACUCGGCGGUGCACCGCGCAGAGGACAACAAGGCGCUGGCGGAGGGCUACAGCACGCUGGAGGCGCUGAGGGCGCACCCGGCGGUGGCCAAGUUUGCGGCCUGGGCGCGGCGGCAGCGCGUGGCGGCGCCGGACGGGGGCGGGUCGGCAGCGCGGCCGCUGCGGUAUCCGCGGUGA